AUGAUCGUUUUAGCUCUCUCUACCUCUCUCUCCCUCUCUCUCCCUCUCUUUCCCUCUCUCUCCAUCUCUCUCCCUCUUUCUCCCUCUCUCUCCCUCGCUAUCCCUCUCCACCCCUCUCCUUCUCUCUGUCUCGCUUUCUCCAGCUACCUCUCCUCCCAAGUCUCAUCGCCACUGUUACUCCUUCUUUUACCCAGGAUCAUAUCUGGGGAUGGAGUGGACUACAAGCUCACUGGGUCCAUCCCGGACUCCUUGUCCAAACUCAACAAUCUCACUGAGCUGAACUUGAAAAGCAACAACCGCACAGGCAACACCAUCCCCAGCACCAUCUCUGCUCUCACCAACCUAGUAGAGCUGUAA